AUGUGCACCAGCAGCCAGAUCAUUGGGAGCCUGCUGGUGCUCUCUGUGCUGGAGAUAGGGCUGGGGGUGUCCAGCGUGGCCGUGGGGGCCGUCAAACCGAAUCUGUCCAGUGAUGAGUUCAUCCCAAUUAAAAGGCAAAUGUGGUUCUUUUAUGAAAAAAAUCCUACAUUUCUGCUUUGUGGCAUAUGUGGAAUAUUGUGCGCCAAAAAAAAAACCGGACUUGUUAUGAUACUUUUUUCAGCCUGUUGCAUCUGUGGACUAAUUGGAGGAAUACUGAAUUUCCAAUUCCUUCGUGCUCUCACAAAGAAGUCCUCUGCUCUCUAUUCUUUGCAUCUUACCUCCAUGUCUCUUGCAUGCAUUGGAAUUGGUGGCUGCACCCUUUCUUCAUGGCUCACUUGUCGGCUAGCCAGCUAUGAACAAAGGAGAAUGUUCUCAGAAAGAGAACAUUCACUGCAUCACUCCCAUGAAAUGGCAGAGAAAGUGAGUUGUGUGCCUUUCUUUAUCAGUGGUGCUUUUCUUACAAAGAGAAUGAGGGGUAUUGAAAUAACCGACCUGCCCAGCUGCCCGGUGGUUCCCCCGACACCAGAGUUACCUCCAAGGAAAUGACGGACAACCUAAGCAAUGGAGGCCCACAACU